CCCGUAAUAUACGUCAUCAGUUAAGCGCGUGUGCGUCUUUCCUUUUCAGGAGUUGUAGUUGUGAAAGCACAUCUAACGUUAGCUUACACUUGUGAGCCUCGGCAGCCACAACAAGCAGGUUGAACCGUUUCCAGUGCUGGAUAAUUCGUCGCUCUUACCCUCCGUGGUUUAAGGAAAGUCCAGCUUUUGUCCGAUCAUGGCGGAUUUCUCGCUGACAGAUGCUUUAGUAGACGAACCAUCAAACCCGCCUAAGAUAGACAAUACCAAUCGUUCUGUACCAGACAGAAAUCCCCCGCCUCAUUCAAACCCAGGAUGGCCUGCUUCUGCCCCAGGAGCUCCCAUCCAGCCCACAGCACCUGCUGACUUUAGUGGCGGAUUGUCUGGCCCAGGUGCACCAGGCUCAUUCUCAUAUCCCUCAGGUCCUGGAGCACCAGGGCAAUACUCAGGACCUCCUUCAGCACCUGUUGGGUUCCCUGUUGGUCCUGGUAUACCUGGGCAGUACCCACCUGCACCAGGAGCUCCAGGCCAGUUUCCCUCAAGUCCUGGGGCACCUGGGCAGUUCCCUGGCCAGUAUCCCCCUGAAGGAGUUCCAGGACAAUUACCUGGAGGCCCUACUCCUUACCCAGCUGGACCUUUUCCUUCUGGCCCUGGAGCUCCUGCUGGACCAUAUCCAAAUGUGCCUUUUCCUGGUAGUCAGCAACCAGGAGGAAAUGGGAUGUACGGACCAGGAGGUCCAGGCACAUUCCCAGCUCCAGCUGGCCCCAGUUCAUUUCCAGCAUUCCCUGCUGGUGGGUUUCCCCCAAUGCCACCUGGAUCAUGGGGAGCACCGGCAGGAGGUGGUUUUCCUCCUGCACCUGGCCCUUUUGGGUCCAGUCCUAUGAGUCCAUAUGGGGGGCCAGCCUGUCCAGGAGGCACAUUGAUGUUGCCGCAUGAUCUCCCCCUUCACGCUGGAAUCAUGCCGCGACUUUUAAUCACGAUAAUCGGAGAGCCUGUUCCUGGUGCAGUCAGGUUCAAUGUUGACUUCAUCAAAGGUUCAGAUGUGGUUUUUCACUUUAACCCUCGGUUUCAUGAGCAAACCAUUGUGAGAAACUCUAACUUAGGAGGUUAUUGGGGGCCCGAGGAGCGCGAAGGACCCUUCCCCUUCGUUGAGGGACGCCGUUUUGAGCUGAAAAUCCUGGUGGAGGAGGACAUGUUCAAAGUGGCGGUAGACGGCACCCACCUGCUGGAGUACGAGCACAGAGCCAGCGGCCUGGAGGAAGUGACCUUGCUGCGAGUGGAAGGAGACAUCAUCCUCUACAGCGCAGCCCCAAGCAUGAUCUGAACCUGGGAUGGAACCGCACGCUCUCCAGGAAACCCAGCUCAAACCUUAUCCGUGUGUUUGAAAUCUUUUCAAAUGCACUCAGUCGCAACUGAUAAAAUUAGCAAGGCACUAAAGUCAGCAGAGGGCAGCUGACGUUGCACAUUCAUCACAGAGCAGAAGGCAAAUUAGACCUGGUCUGGAAGGUCUGCGCUCGAUAAUCAGUUUUCCUUUUCUUCGAUCUGGACAGUAUCUCACUUUAAAGUUCAUGUUUUUUUCUUUUUUUACAUAAAUGCAGUUGAUGUAUGUAAAACAAACUAACUUAUACUAAAUGUAAGGAUUGUAGGUGGGAAUAGUGUCAAGUGGUCCGAACCUUUCAAAAGAUUUCCACUACUAAGUGGUGUUUUGUGAUUAUUCUGUCCAUUAUAGGAAUUAUGGGAGUCUUUCAUAGUGCAUGAAAGUGUAAUGCUGAAAAUUCACUCUGUGUCUUUUUAUUUCAGCAAGACGCGUGUAGUCAUGACGUUUCUUAAAGCGUAUAUACAUGAAUCUGUUCCUCCUCUCCUGUCGUAAGUGGGUCACAGGAACCGAUUAGUAUUCUGAUUACAUGUUGGAGUAAACCCUUAAAGGGCACAAAUAGUUGAGUAGAAACCAGGAGAUCAGGAUGGAUGGACUUUCCAACUUGCUGCCAAAGAUGGACGAAGCAGUAUUUUAUGACCAGAGGAAAACUAAAGCUGACUCGAUAAAAGCUGUUUGGUGCAGAUUGUAUGCUUCUACUGUGCUGCCUGCCUGCAUCCAUAAUAAACACUGAUUCCUUUGUUUA